GCCCAGUUCCGUGUUCAAUAUAGGAAAGACCAUCACCUUUCAGUGCCGAGUAUCUCAUCCAGUACUCGAAUUUUCUCUGGAAUGGGAAGAAAAAGCAACAUUCCAAAAACUUUCAGUAGAUGGAGACUUCAUUAUCACUAACAUUGAAGGGGAAGGCACAGGUACCUACAGUUGCAUCUUUCGUAUUGAGGCACACACCGACAUCUUGUCAGAUCACAGCAAACCUCUGAAGUUGGCGGGGCCAACAGUCACAGGCUUCCUCACCUGGAAUUCAAUUAUGAAUGAAGUGUUCAGGAUGUCCUUAUUUGUCCAGCUUAUCUCCUUGCUGUUGCUAGUGAUAUGGAUACGGUGGAAGUGUCGGAGAUUGAGAUUCAGCAACUCCUCUCAUCUCAUUUCUGGUCUCGCUAGAGAAGCCUGGUUGUUGGGAACAGCUCAAGGGGUCGCCAUGCUCUUCAUACUCAUGGCUAUUCUUUGCUGUGGACUGUGCACUGGGGCACUGGCAGAAGAGAUUGAAGUAAUCAUGCCAACUCCUAAGCCUGAACUGUGGGCAGAGACGAACUUCCCUCUGGCCCCGUGGACGAACUUAACCCUCUGGUGCAGAAGCCCUUCUGGCUCAACUAAGGAGUUUGUGUUACUGAAGGACGGGACCGGGUGGAUUGCAACUCGCCCUGCCUCGGAGCAGGUCCGGGCUGCCUUCCCCCUUGGCGCCCUGACCCACAGUCACACCGGGAGUUACCAUUGCCAUUCAUGGGAGGAGAUGGCUGUGUCGGAGCCUAGUGAAGCACUUGAACUAGUAGGAACAGACAUCCUUCCCAAACCUGUCAUUUCGGCUUCCCUCCCAGUCCGGGGCCAGGAACUGCAGAUCCGGUGCAAAGGAUGGCUGGAGGGUUUAGGUUUUGCUCUGUUUAAAAAGGGAGAGCAGGAACCUGUCCAGCAACUUGGUGCUGUUGGAAGAGAAGCCUUCUUUACAAUUCAAAGAAUGGAGGAUAAAGACCAGGGCAAUUACAGCUGCAGCACUCACACCCAAAUGCAGCCGUUCAAGUGGUCUGAGCCCAGUGAGCCCCUGGAGCUUGUCAUAAAAGAAACAUACCCCAAGCCUUUCUUCAAGACAUGGGCCAGCCCUGUAGUUGCUCCUGGUGCCCGAGUGACUUUCAAUUGUUCCACCUCUCAUGAGCACAUGAGCUUUAUUCUUUACAAGGAUGAUACUGAAAUUGCAUCCAGCGACCCAGCCUGGGGAAAGGCGGGAUCUAGUGCAGCUCACUUUCUGAUCAUUUCAGUGGGCAUUGGUGAUGGAGGAAAUUAUAGCUGCCGUUAUUAUGACUUUUCCAUCUGGUCUGAGCCCAGUGACCCAGUGGAGCUCAUUGUGACAGAAUUCUACCCCAAACCUACUCUCUUGGCACAACCUGGCCCUGUCGUGCUUCCUGGGAAGAAUGUGACACUGCGCUGCCAAGGAAUUUUCCAGGACAUGAGGUUUGCCCUCUUACAGGAGGGGACCCAUGCUCCCAUACAGUUCCAGAGUGCUUCGGGGAACUCAGUUGAUUUCCUCCUCCACACUGUUGGAGCAGAGGACUCUGGGAACUACAGCUGUAUCUACUAUGAGACAACCAUGUCCAACAGGGGCUCGUACUCUAGUACACCCCUUAUGAUCUGGGUGACUGAUACAUUCCCCAGACCGUGGUUGUCUGCUGAGCCUAGUUCUGUGGUUACUAUGGGACAAAAUGUUACUCUCUGGUGCCAAGGACCAGUCCGUGGAGUUGGGUACAUUUUGCACAAAGAAGGAAAAGCCACUUCAAUGCAGCUUUGGGGGUCCACCAGCAAUGAAGGAGCAUUCCCUAUCACCAAUAUAUCUGGUGCAAGCAUAGGUCGUUAUAGCUGCUGUUACCACCCUGACUGGAUUAGCUCUAUCAAGAUACAGCCUAGCAACAUGCUGGAAAUCAUGGUCACAGGUUUACUCCCUAAACCCAGCCUGUUAGUUCAACCUGGCCCCAUGGUAGCCCCUGGAGAAAAUGUGACUCUUCAAUGUCAAGGGGAGCUGCCAGAUUCAACGUUUGUCCUUUUGAAAGAGGGGAACCAACAACCGUUACAGCAGCAGAGGUCAAGUGGGUACAGAGCUGACUUCUGGAUGCCAGUGGUGAGGGAUCAAGAUUCUGGUAUCUACAGCUGUGUUUAUUAUCUGGAUUCUGCUCCCCUUGCGGCUUCAAACCAUAGCAACUCUCUAGAGAUCUGGGUAACCGAUAAGCCCCCUAAGCCCUCCCUGUCAGCCUGGCCCAGCACUGUGUUUAAACUAGGGAAGGACAUCACCCUUCAGUGCCGAGGACCCCUACCAGGAGUUGAAUUUGUGCUGGAGCAUGAUGGAGAAGAAGCACCCCAACAGUUCUCUGAGGAUGGAGACUUUGUCAUCAACAACCUGGAAGGGAAAGGCAUUGGAAACUACAGCUGCAGCUACCGUCUGCAGGACUACCCCAACAUCUGGUCAGAGCCCAGUGAUGCCCUAGAGCUGGUUGGAGCAGCAGGGCCUGUUGCUCAAGAGUGCACUGUGGGUAACAUUGUCCGAAGCACCCUGAUUGUGGUGGUUGUGGUAGCCUUGGGGAUAGUGCUAGCUGUAGAGUGGAAGAAGUGGCCUCGACUUCGAACUAGGGGCUCUGAGACAGAUGGAAGAGACCAGACCGUAGUCCUUGAAGAGUGCAACCAAGAAGGAGAAGCAGUCACCACCACCAAUUCUCCUUCAUCUGUCUCUCCGGGAAUCUCAGUGGAAGUGACAGUCCCAAUAUAAUUACCCUCUCCUUUACAAGAGCUUUCCUCUCCUUUCUUUUACCUGCAGAGACCUGGAAAUCCAACUUGGUUCCCCUGGAAUGCAGCAGCAUUUCCUGAUUCUUGACCUCUAACCAUCUGAGUGGGGUCAAGAGGAUUCUUGGAGUGGCAAGCUCUACUAGGUCAAGCUGUUUCCUCUACCCCAAAAGUCCUCACUGUACUGUGUUACUGGUGCAUGGAAUCCUACUCAAAACAUAUUCUUCUGAAUAAAGAGAGUAUUCACUAUU